GAAUUUAUGACAUAUUUGAUCAUAGAUAUAUAUAUAUAGAGAGAGAGAGCGAGAGAGGGAGAGAGCCAUUAUGCCCUACAUUACAUUGAGCUUCUCAGUACAAUUUUAUCAACUUUAUGAUUAUCGUUAGUUACAAUUGAAUUGGUAUUCGAAGAGCAAUAAUAAUUUAAGGUGAGAAAAGGUUGAAAAAAAAAGUAACGAAAUGACGAUGGAGAAUAUUAAUGUCACUGUACUAUAUGGAAGUGAGACCGGAACUGCACAAGACACUGCUGAAGAAAUUUGGAUUAAUGCCAAGAGAAAUGGAUUGGUAUGCUCAGUGAUGGCAAUGGAUGAUUAUAAUAUCGAACGCCUUUCCUCAGAACGCGUCAUUAUCUUUGUAGCUUCAACAACUGGUCAAGGUGAUCCACCAUCUAAUAUGAGAAAAUUUUGGAGGUUCCUACUGCGUAAAUCUCAUCCCCAAUCUCUCCUCCAAAACGUCAAGUAUGCUGUUUUGGGAUUGGGCGAUAGUUCAUACGAAAAGUAUAAUUUUGCUGCGAAAAAGCUCAACAAACGUCUAGUUCAAUUGGGAGCACAAGAAAUGAUUAAAAUUGCCCUCGCAGAUGAUCAACACGACUUGGGGAUAGAUGCAGUAAUAGAGCCGUGGAUAAAAAAAAUAUGGACCGUCAUAUCGAAUAUCUUAAAUAUCCCUCUCAAAUCAGGCCCUCUCCUCAACCAAGUUAUAGAACGUUUCAACGUCUCGAUUAUUCAGCCGAAUCAACUUACAAUAGAAAGGGAAAAUAAUAUAACUAAAGAUAUUUACAGAGAUGAACUCGAGCUAAAUAAUAAUCUAAAACUGGCCACUGUCAUAGAUAAUACGAGAAUAACAAGUAGCGAUCAUUUUCAAGACGUUAGACUUAUUAAAUUUACCAUUGAAAAUGUUGAUUAUCAACCUGGAGACAUUGUUUAUUUAAAACCAAAGAAUUCCUCAAAGCAAGUAUCAGACUUUUUUAAUCUUCUGAGGGAGAACAAUUGCUCUGUAACUAGUGAGACUCUUUUGAGUAUUUCGAGCAAGGAAAUAAAACCUCCAUAUUGCUUUCAACGGCCCUUGACUCUGCAGCAAGUCGUUGAGCAGUAUUGGGACCUUAAUUAUAAACCAAGAAGGUCGACUAUGCAGAUCCUGGCUCUCAUAAGUGAUAAUAAACUUGAGAAAGACAAAUUGACGGAGUUUUCGACAGCUAUUGGCCAAGAUGAACUUUAUAAUUAUGUUAAUAAGCCGAGGAGGAAUAUUGUCGAGGUUUUAAGGGAUUUUCCCAAUACCAUUGGGAAAUUAAAUGAAAGAAAUUUAUUCGAAGUGAUGGCACCAAUCAAACCCAGGGCAUUUAGCAUUGCUUCGAGCAGUAAAUCUACUCCCCAUGAAAUUCAUCUGCUAGUGGCUGUUGUCAAAUAUAAAACCAAAUUAAUGGAACCAAGAUUAGGACUCUGCUCAAACUGGUUGGCAUCAUUAAAAAAAGGGGAGAAACUCGUUUGCUCUUUACAGAGUGGAACGUUUAUUUUUGAUGGGACAAAACCGAUGAUUCUUGUGGGCCCAGGCACUGGAAUUGCUCCCUUCAGAUCGAUUUUAUUAGAACGAGAAGCUACUGGAGUAAACUUAAAAGAUGUUCUCUUGUUCUUUGGGUGCAGAAAUCAAAAGAAGGAUUUUCAUUGUAAACAAGACUUUGAAAGAUUAAUGAAGAAUAAUAACUUGAGGUUUUUUUGUGCCUUUUCUAGAGAUCAAGAGGAUAAAAUAUAUGUUCAACACUUGAUUAGGGAACAAGGUAAAGUAUGUUGGAAUUUAUUAUUAAAUGGAGGUAAAAUCUACCUGUCUGGAAAUUCAAAAAAUAUGCCAAAAUGUGUGAGAGACGAAUUUGUUAAGAUAGCAAAAAAAUUUGGCAAUUUCAAUGACUUAGAUGCUGAAAAUUUUGUAAAGAACCUUGAGAAAUGUGGACGAUAUCAAACUGAAACUUGGGGUUGACUGUUUACAGUGAUUUAAUAAUAAAGAACAAUUUUUUGAAAUGAAUAAUUAGUGAAAUUGA